CAGGUUACAGCACCCAUUUGCCUGCAUCUGUGACUCAACCACUUGAACCCAAUGUCUGCCCCAUUUAUGAGAGUGCUGUGGAACCAGAAGCAAAGGAUUCUGAAGUACAACAGGAUACUGUGCUUACUACAGAAAAGUCCCUGAAAUCUUCUGAAUGGAGGUUCUACAUGGGUGGUGCACGUCGUAAAAAAAAGAGUCAAGGGAACAGUUUGCUUACCUCAGUGGACCCACCAGAUCUUGCAAGCGUGGAAAGGUGUAAUUCCAGAAAACAAGAAUCAAUCUCUAGAUAUUUGUUAAUGGUAUCAGAACUCCCAUUGGCUCAAGAGCAAAUAUUUGGCUUAUUUGAUGUCAUCCCAGGAUUGGAAUCUUGUGAAGCUCGACCGUAUCUCCAAAGUAAACGUGUAUAUGCAAUUAUUAAGUACAAAAAUGUUGCAUCUGCUGUAUAUGCCAAGAAGAGACUACGUGAUGUAGAAUAUCCUCUUGGGAAUCAGCUGCAUAUUACUUACAUUGAAGACAAAAUACAUGGAACAGAACUCCUCCAAGAAAUGGCAACACAGCUGGUGACUGCACGUCUACCUUCGUUGAUAUGGGAUAAUAAUUGGGCUCCUCAGCUUCUGAAGUUUGCUGAGUCUUCGAUUCCUCCCCCUCGUAUCCAAACAGAUGCUGUGCUUCCAUCAUACAAAAAGAAAGCUCCUCCAGACUCUUCUAUACGGGAAAAGCUUUUAAUCAUAUUUGAUCCCCGUCCCUUGCCUCAAAAUGUCUUGGACAAUGUAUUAAGCCGGUUUGGAAAUUUUAUAGCCAGUCGCCUUAUCCCUGGGAAAAAUGAAGUUUAUGCCAUGUUUGCAGAGAGAGCAAGUGCCAGUGAUGCCAUAGCUACGCUACAUGGGAAAACUGUGAAUGAUGUGAAGUUGAAGGUGACACUGUCUGAUCUGCCCACAGAGGACUUUUCUAAACGCCAGCGGUUAUUCUGACCAGCCAGAGAUUCAGGGCCAACAGAGACAACUAUGAGCACCACUACUGAAGAAGAAACACCCACAGGACUUCCUUUUCCACUGACAUUUUGUUCUUUUGGAUAAAUGUAGCUACCACGUACAAUGUAGCUGCAAUCCAAGAUAAGAACAGCUGCUCUGACCAAAAGGGUAGCCAUGUAAUAGAUGCUCUAAUGGAGCUGGCCUAAACAAGCACCUUCCCUCAGGCCCAGCAUUGCAAGUGGACCUCUCAUGGCUGCAGGUGGUUGAAGAGCAGCAGCAAAAGUGUUUCACCUAAAAGAUGUAUGUGGCUUUGGAGAUACUUCUUGAACUUGCAACUUUUUAUAUUUGAUACUGCCUAUGGAGAUGACACGGAAGUUCAGCAAAUAUAGAAGCAACAGCAAGGACUUCCACCAGGAUUGCCAGAUGGAAUCCAAGAUCUACAGAAACAGCUCUCUUAGCAGCUUCCAAUGACUUAAUAACAUCAGGAGCAGCUCCUCUCCAAGAACGGUGGCUAUGUUACACACGAAUAAAAAUAACACCUUUGCAGCUGUGGCACCACAACAUGGACUCUCCUCCCACAGAGGUGCAACUGAAAUGAAACGUUUUGACACCAGCUUGAACUAUUUCUAUUUGCCAAGCCAUUUGAAUUGGCUGCUUCAUUGUUUUUAUUGCUUUUGUUUUGAUGACUUCUUUUGGAGUUGUGGGUUGAUAUCUCAUUGUAUUAACCCUUGCUUCUUUACUAUACCCUUCUAUUUGUAAAAAUCAAAAGUAGUUUUAAAAUAUUGUAACAAAAGAGAUGGAUAGCUUGGGGUGGGAGUGAGUCCUGCUCAAUCUUCAUAUUUAUCUUGGAAGUUUGCUCUCCCUCAUACUUUGCUGUGGAGCACAGUGCGUGAAUUUGCCAACUGCCCCUUGAAGUCAGAAGGAGAGCCUUGGAGCCAAUUCCCCCCCCCCCCCCAAUAUGGGACCUCAAGAACCAGAUACAGGUAAGCAGCCCAUCCUUUUUGUUGCAGGGCCAAUGCCUUCUCUCCUUCACUUGGUAGUUCAUUCAUUAUAUUACUAUGUGAUAUAUGCUCAUACCAGUGACAAGUGUUGGACAUCUGAAAUGGAUAUUGUUACUGGUACCAUCUCUCUCCACUGUCUGUAUCAUUGCGUAAAUAUCUUUUAAGAAAAUAAAGCUCUUCAGCUCUU